AUGCUUAUAAAGAUAAUUUAUUUGAUGAUAAUUAUAUUUUUAAAAAUUGGUUCAUUUAAAAAUAUCAAAGAAAAAAAAAAAUUUUUUUUUUUUUUUUUAUUAAAAACAAAAAAUAAUUAUAGUUUAAAGAAAAAAUUCAUUCUUAACAGUGUAAAAGGAAUAAGAACAUUUGACUCUAAAAACUAUCAAAGAAGAGAAUACUUAUUUAAAAUAUGGAAAAACAUAUCCAAAAGCUUUGCAUAUGAUUUUUAUGAUUUACCAAUAUUAGAAAAUUAUGAUAUUUUUAGAAAAAGUAAUAUUAAUGAGUCCUAUGAUUUCGUAAAAAAUAAUAGACAUUUAAUAUUACGACCAGAAAUAACACCUCAAUUAAUUAAUUAUUUAUUUUUUAAGAAAAAUAAAUUAAAAGAGAAAAACACCAAUCAUGAUAAUAAUUCUCAAAAUUAUAAAAAGAACUAUUUAUUACAAAAUUUAAAAAAAGUGUUUAAAAUGUGCACUAUUGGUCAAUGCUUUCGAUAUGAAAAAAUGUCAAGAUGUAGAAAACGAGAACAUUAUCAAUGGAAUAUGGAUAUAAUAGGUAUAGAUAAUAUAAGUGCAGAAAUAGAAAUUUUCACUAUUUUAAUUUCUUUUUUUCAUUAUAUUAAAUUAAUUCAUAAUGACAUAGUAUUUAAAAUUAAUGAUAAAAAAAUUAUACAUUACAUUAUAUUUAAAAUUUUUAAAAAAUCUUUUGAUUUUUCAUACAAUCGUACUCAACUAGAAAUAAAGAAAAUAUUACACACAUUAGAUAAAUUUCAUAAAAUCAAUAAUUAUUCUUUCAAGUUGUUAUUAAUAAAAAAAUGCCCAUAUUUAAAAAAAAGAGAUAUACAACUCUUUAAUAAUGUAAUUCAUAAUAUUACUACCCUAAAUCAAUUAGAAGUGUAUCUAAAUUUUAACACUAGCAUAUAUAAUGAUUUAAAAAAUUUACUUUCAUAUUUUCAAAAAUUAAAUUUACAUCCUUUUUUUCAAAUAGAUACAACAAUUGUAAGAGGAUUAGAUUAUUAUAAUAAUAUAAUUUUUGAAAUAUUUUAUAAACAUAAAAAUUACAGAGCUAUAUGUGGAGGUGGCCGAUAUGAUUUUUUCUUAGAUGGAAAGAAAAUCUUUGCAGUUGGUUUUGCUAUGGGUGAUAUAGUAAUAUCAGAAAUUCUUUUCAAAAAUUUCAUGAAAGAAACCAACUUACAUAAAAAUAUAAAUGUUGUUUCAUUCUUUCCUUUUAUCGUAAAAGAAAAUAUAGAAGAUAUACAUAAAGAAUAUUAUAGCAUUCUAAAUAUUUUAAGAAAUAAUAAUGUAAAAGUAUAUUCAUUAUUACAAAAUAAUUUAAAACUAUCUAAGGCAUUGAAAAAAGCGAAUUCCUUAAAUCCUGAUUAUUUUUUAUUUUUUCAAGAAAAAGACAAUAUAAUUUUCUUAAAAAAUUUGAAAACAAGAAAACAAAUAGCUGUUAACUCACAAAAUAUUUUAUCUGCUUAUAAUAAUUUUUAG